CGUAAGACUACAGGCUGACCACUCUUGGGCAGCGCUGUUCUUUAUUCUGGAAUAUAUCAUUUUACACUUUUGGUGUUAAAUCUUCUUUUACUGCAAUGGUACCUGUCGUCUUCAACAGCGCACUUAAUCUGGAAUCCCCAUGUCGUCCUUCGUCCCAAAGUAAAAAAUUAACACAUAUAUAAAACACCUUAUUCUUUAAAACCCAAAGCAGUGCGUAUCACAGCCGAUAACCAGAGGUAUAAAAUGCCCUAAGGCGGUCACCAGGGAACGCCUCCGGAUAACCUAGAAAAGGGCGGAGCCAGAAGGCCCUCAGAUCUCUUUCUGCCUCACAAUGUCGCCAGCUCUUCCCAAUUCUCGCGAGACUUCAAGCGAUUCAGCUUCUGCGUACUACAAGAUACUGGGAGUCUAGGAGCCAAGGGAGGGGGAGGGGAAGGGGGGACGGUACAAACAGCGUGGCCGCCAUCUUGUUUGCACCCCCGCUUCGCGCUCGCUCCGCUCUCCGUGACGCACGCUUCCCCUCCCCUCCGCGGUGCCCAGGCCCCUGCCUUGCUCUACUCCGCUGGAGCGCGGGGGCUGCUCCCGCUCUUCCCUGGACUCCUGAGCAGAGGCGUGUAAGUGUGCGGGAGCUCUGUGGGAAGGAGGGUGUGAGUGGUCAGCAUGUCCACAGAAGGCGGAUUCGGCGGCACCAGCAGCAGCGAUGCCCAGCAGAGCCUGCAGUCCUUCUGGCCUCGCGUCAUGGAGGAAAUCCGGAACUUAACAGUGAAAGAUUUCCGAGUACAGGAACUCCCACUGGCCCGUAUUAAGAAGAUUAUGAAACUGGAUGAAGAUGUGAAGAUGAUCAGUGCAGAAGCCCCUGUGCUCUUUGCCAAGGCAGCCCAGAUUUUCAUCACAGAGUUGACUCUUCGAGCCUGGAUCCACACAGAGGAUAACAAGCGCCGGACUCUCCAGAGGAAUGAUAUCGCCAUGGCAAUUACAAAAUUUGAUCAGUUUGACUUUCUCAUCGAUAUUGUUCCAAGAGAUGAACUAAAACCUCCAAAGCGUCAGGAGGAGGUGCGCCAGUCUGUGACCCCCGCCGAGCCCGUCCAGUACUACUUCACGCUGGCUCAGCAGCCCACUGCCGUCCAAGUCCAGGGGCAGCAACAAGGCCAGCAGACCACCAGCUCCACCACCACCAUCCAGCCCGGGCAGAUCAUCAUUGCGCAGCCUCAGCAGGGCCAGACCACACCAGUGACCAUGCAGGUUGGAGAAGGUCAGCAGGUGCAGAUUGUCCAGGCCCAGCCGCAGGGUCAAGCCCAGCAGGCCCAGAGCAGCACUGGACAGACCAUGCAGGUGAUGCAGCAGAUCAUCACGAACACGGGAGAGAUCCAGCAGAUCCCGGUGCAGCUGAACACCGGCCAGCUGCAGUACAUUCGCUUAGCCCAGCCUGUGUCAGGCACCCAAGUCGUGCAGGGACAGAUCCAGACGCUUGCCACCAAUGCUCAACAGAUCACACAGACUGAGGUCCAGCAAGGACAGCAGCAGUUCAGCCAGUUCACAGACGGACAGAGAAACAGCGUGCAGCAAGCUCAAGGCUCUGAGCUAACGGGAGAGGCAGAGCCCAGAGAAGUGAAAGCCACAGGAAAUGCAACUCCCUGCACCUCUUCCCCGCCCACUACACACACCCCCUCACACCGUGCUGGUGCCUCCUGUGUCUGCUGCUCCCAACCCCCGCAGAGCUCCACAUCCCCUCCUCCCUCUGACGCCUUGCAGUGGGUGGUGGUUGAAGUGUCUGGGGCCCCCAACCAACUCGAGGCCCAUAGGGAGCUGCAUGCCCCUCUCCCAGGGGUGACCUCACUCUCUCCUCUCCACCCCUCGCAGCAGCUCUACCAGAUCCAGCAAGUCACCAUGCCUGCCGGCCAGGACCUCGCCCAGCCCAUGUUCAUCCAGUCAGCCAACCAGCCCUCCGACGGGCAGGCCCCCCAGGUGACCGGAGACUGAGGGCAUGAGCUGGCAAGGCCAAGGACACCCAACACAAUUUUUGCCAUACAGCCCCAGGCAGGGGGCACAGCGUCCCCUCCCAGAGGACCCGCCGACCUCAGCACCUCCUGCAGGCUAGGACGCUGGUGCCCUGCGCCCCACGCCUGGGGGCCGAGAUUCUCCAACAGAAAGAUGCAAUAUUUUUUAUUUCCUCCUUUUCCAUUUUUUUCCCCAAGGAAUUGAUAUUUCAAUAUGUUGUGUGUCCAAUGCUAUGAAAUUAAAAUAUUAAAUAACAUAUUUAUGGCAUUUCUUGAAGAGUGUGGUUGAAGAAAUAUUUCUUUUGUUUUCCUUUUUUUUUUUGGUUCUCACCGUCACUUCUUGUUAGGAGCAAGUCUCCUAACAGGUGUAUGUUAUCUCCUGACUCUUGGAGCAGCUGCUGCCCCAGGAUCUUCCACCGUGUUCUGUCUUCAGAUGAAAUUAGGUGAACGUGUAGCUUCCUCUUCAUUGGUGUCCACUCUCCUCAUCUGGCUCUUGCCCCAGAGCUCUGCGUAUUUGCAUCUGGAGGCCGUGGAAACGUUCCUUGCGUUUAGGAGAUGAGCUCGUUUGUCACGGAGAGUGGGUGGUUUCACUCCCAGAUGUCCUCUCCCAGGGACCCGAGGAGACUAGAGCUCUGGGUGUUUACCACCACCACCCUGUUUUUUAUUUUUUUAAAUGCGUUAAAAAUUGUGCUAGUCUCCUUUGCUGCAUGGACUUCAAACUGCAUAACAUGCAAUAAACCUCAUUUUAGAUAA